AUGGGCCUCCUCAACUACCAAGGGGCAUCGUCAACUACCAAGGGGCCUCGUCAACUACCAAGGGGCCUCGUCAACUACCAAGGGGCCUCCUCAACUACCAAGGGGCAUCGUCAACUACCAAGGGGCCUCCUCAACUACCAACAACAGGGCCUCCUCAACUACCAAGGGGCCUCCUCAACUACCAAGGGGCUUCGUCAACUACCAAGGGGCCUCGUCAACUACCAAGGGGCCUCGUCAACUACCAAGGGGCCUUGUCAACUACCAGCAACAGGGCCUCGUCAACUACCAAGGGUCCUCCUCAACUACCAAGGGCAUCGUCAACUACCAACAACAGGGCCUCGUCAACUACCAAGGGUCCUCCUCAACUACCAAGGGGCAUCGUCAACUACCAACAACAGGGCCUCGUCAACUACCAAGGGCCCUCGUCAACUACCAAGGGCCCUCCUCAACUACCAAGGGCCCUCCUCAACUACCAAGGGCCCUCCUCAACUACCAAGGGCCCUCCUCAACUACCAAGGGGCCUCGUCAACUACCAACAACAGGGCCUCGUCAAUUACCAAUGGGCCUCCUCAACUACCAAGGGGCCUCGUCAACUACCAAGGGCCCUCGUCAACUACCAAGGGCCCUCGUCAACUACCAAGGGGCCUCGUCAACUACCAACAACAGGGCCUCGUCAAUUACCAAGGGGCCUCCUCAACUGCCAAGGGGCCUCCUCAACUACCAAGGGUCAUCGUCAACUACCAACAGCAGGGCCUCAACUACCAACUACAGGGCCUCGCCAACUACCAAGGGGCCUCCUCAACUACCAAGGGGCCUCCUCAACUACCAAGGGGCAUCGUCAACUACCAAGGGCCUCGUCAACUACCAACAGCAGGGUCUCAACUACCAACAACAGGGCCUCCUCAACUACCAAGGGGCCUCCUCAACUACCAAGGGGCAUCGUCAACAACUAACAACUACCAAGAACAUAGGACAUCGGGUUGCUGUGGUGCUAUGUGUGGUGUGUGGGAUAAUUAA